UCCACAGCUCUUCCUCCCUCUCUCUCUCUCUCUCUCUCUGCCCAUUCGUCUCUCUCCCUCCCUCAUCCGGGUCCUCCAGCUCCUUCUCUUUCUGCUCUCUUUAAUAUCUACUUCAUCCAGAUCGUCGUCGGCUUCAGUCGCAACAACAUCGUUUCCUUCAUCAUCGUUUUCAUCAUCGCGUUUGUUGUCAAAUAAAGAGCGCGACAGAACAAACAUCGACCUCAAGACGUUGGGUUUUUUUGUUUGUUUUUUUUGGCGUAAAUCAAAAAAACUUUCUCCUACAUUUUUUUGGACAGCUGGAGAAUCUCGGAGGAUGUUUGCGCUGCACAUCAACAAGUCCGCGUCAUUUCUCGCGCACUGACUUUGGAUGGCUGCGCCAUGGAGAUAGCCUUGGUGAGUUUUGAGAACGGCGGUGCCAAAGGGAGCGCAGGUGGCGUCGGAGGAGGAGGAGGAGGAGGAGGAGGAGGAGGCAACAAUGCCGAGGGGAGCUGCCGGAACGCGCUGGAUGUUCCUCAGCCGGGCUUCGUCCAGGAGUACGGGACUAAAGAGCUGAACACCAAGGGGAGUCCGGCACAGAAGCUCCACGGAGGUGGAGGAGGAGGAGGAGGAGGUUCGUGGAAGAUAAACGACAUGAACAACACCUUCAGCUGCAGCGAGAACGCCAUGGAUGCGCUUUUACGCGCGGAUCACAGCCCGCACCUGUUCGACGAGGACAUGCUGGGCAUCGACCUGGACACGGAGAGUAACGAGAGGGUGCUCAUCAACAUCGCCGGACUCAGGUAUGAGACCCAACUGGGCACUUUGAACCAAUUCCCAGACACUUUGCUCGGUGAUCCAGCCAAGAGAAUCAAGUACUUCGACCCGCUCCGCAACGAGUACUUCUUCGACCGCAACAGACCCAGCUUUGACGGGAUUUUGUAUUUUUACCAGUCAGGGGGGAAAAUCAGGAGACCCGUGAACGUGUCCAUUGAUGUGUUUGCUGAUGAGAUCAGGUUUUAUCAGUUGGGGGAGGAGGCCAUGGAGAGGUUCAGGGAGGACGAAGGGUUCAUCAAGGAGGAGGAGAAGCCUUUGCCUCAGAACGAGUUCCAGAAGCAGGUCUGGCUUAUAUUUGAGUAUCCGGAGAGCUCCAGUCCUGCGAGAGGCAUCGCCAUAGUGUCUGUGAUCGUCAUCACUAUAUCCAUCAUCACCUUCUGCCUAGAGACUCUGCCGGAGUUCAGGGACGAGCGGGAGUUGCCGGUGACCAUCCGGAUGGACAACAAUAGCAACAGCACCGUGCCUCGGCCGUCCCUCACCUUCACCGACCCCUUCUUCAUCAUAGAGACCACCUGUGUGAUCUGGUUCACCUUUGAGCUCAUCGUGCGCUUCUUCGCCUGUCCCAGCAAGUCAGAGUUCUCCAAGACCAUCAUGAACAUCAUCGACAUCAUGUCCAUCAUGCCUUACUUCAUCACCGUGGGCACGGAGCUGGCGGAGCAGCAGGGUCAGGAGCACCAGAACGGCCAGCAGGCCAUGUCCCUGGCCAUCCUCAGGGUCAUCCGCCUCGUGCGGGUCUUCCGCAUCUUCAAGUUAUCCAGACACUCCAAGGGUCUGCAGAUCCUGGGUCAGACCUUAAAAGCAAGCAUGCGGGAGCUGGGUCUCCUCAUCUUCUUCCUCUUCAUCGGCGUCAUCCUCUUCUCCAGCGCCGUUUAUUUUGCGGAAGCCGACGACCCAGAAUCCCAUUUCUCCAGCAUCCCAGAUGCGUUCUGGUGGGCUGUGGUCACAAUGACAACCGUCGGCUACGGAGACAUGAGGCCGGUGACGGUGGGCGGUAAAAUCGUGGGCUCCCUGUGCGCCAUCGCUGGCGUUCUGACUAUUGCACUGCCGGUUCCGGUCAUAGUAUCAAACUUCAACUACUUCUACCACCGGGAGACGGACCAGGACCAGUCUUCUUUGAAGGAUGAGCCCAACAGCGGCAGAGCUAGUCCAGAACUGAAGCGCAAGGGCAGCAAGUCCUCCAACAAGUCCCAGGAUGUGGAGAACAAUGACCCGACUGCAAGCGCAGAGGGCGAGAAGGCAAAUCUGAAAGCCAACAGCAACAUGGACUUCAAGAAAUCCGUGUAUGCGUUCUGUUUGGACGCACGAGAAACAUACCUGUAGGGGGUGUAAGACUGCCUGGAGUAAAAACCCAUGAAUGGGCUUUAAAAAACUUUUUUUUUUGCACAAGUUGGCUGCCACGAAGGAGGAGCGACUCGUUAACGGUAACGAGGGUUGGUUUACAAAAAAAAAAAAAAAAGCAAAUGAUAAUCUGCUUCACUCCGGUGAAACACAUCCCUAAAUCUGGGAGCUCGGAAGGAACAGUAGAACAGAAAGACCCUUUAAUCUAGUGGAAAGGCACAAACACAGUAUGGAGAUGUGGUGAGGCAUUAAAGGGGUAUUUUGGCUUUUUUUUUUAAAGUGUGAUAUGCAGUACUGACAUAGCAAAGAAAUAUUACAGAACUGUUUUGAUAAUCUUACAAAUAUUAUUAUUAUUAUUAUUAUUAUUAUAAUUAUCUACAUUUUCCCAUGUGGAACCUGAGGUUUGAACCACACCCACUCUCCUAAACCAAAGUCCACAGUGAAAUCAUCAGCACUUCUAGCUUGCGAAGAGCAAAAUAUUGUGAUUUAAUAUUGGAUAAUUUUUUUUUUUUGCUACUUUUUUGGGACAUUUAAACCAAUUAUUUCAAACUAAAUUAUCACAAAAAAUAUCAAAUUUUCAUAUGGUAAUCGGGGCUUUGAAGGGUUAUUAAUUUCACUGUGCCAAUUUGUAAAAUUGCUAAUUUCCUAAAUGGAGUUUGGUACCAGAGCAUUUAAUAGUAAAAAAUAAAGCAGCAAAUAUGUCAGUGAGGUUUUACCCUUUUGGUAAAAAGAAAAGAAGAAAAUUCCUAAUUUUGGUAAGUUUUUUCUUUUUGACCAUGUCAGUUUCUUACAUAAUCACUCUGGAGAAACUCUGAAAGAUCCCUUUAAGCACGUACCACACAUCCUCACAGACAUACCAGUACUGUACUCUCCUGUACAUAUGAAGUACCCAACAGAACAGUGGUAGAACAAGAGCCUGUACACUGAGUCAUGAUGUUUACAUGUACAUACAGCUAGAUGACAAAGACAUUACUGAAAGAAGAAGAAGAAGACGGAGACGACGACGGAGACGUAUAUAUUUUUAAGACGCAGACGCCUGUGUUCCCUCACUCAGGAUCUGUCAAAGACUCAAUUGGACUAGUUUUUUCCCCCCCAUUUAAACAAGAGUGGAUUAUUUGCUCUUUGGACCUAGAGAGGAGAUUUUCUGAACGACGAUGAGCGUCGGGAGCAGCCUUCUUUGUUUUUGGAUAUACGUGCACAUGUGACGGAUCGAAAGCCAACACACGAGGACAGAGCAGAGGUCGUACGGAGAGAGAGGGAGGGAGAGAGAGAGAGAGAGAGAGAGAGAAGAAAGGCAGUGGCAGCAGCCCGCUGUGACGCCUGGCCCUCCGAUCAUUAGGAACCGCCCAGACCGCGGGAAGAAAAAAACCCUCUAGCUGAAAAAAAGAAGAAAAACAUUUUAAAAUUAGCUGCCGAUGAAAACAAACAAAACAACAACAUUUCUACAACCCUUUUGUUGAACUUGUGCCUUCGACCCACUUCACCGGUGUUACUUCAGAAAACCUUUGUCGAUUUUUUUGGAUUUGCUUUGCUUCAUGUUCAGGACUUUCUGAGAUUCUUUUAGGUCUACCCACAGGACGAAAAAAAAAGCAAAAGCUUGGUGGUUUUUGUUUUUUUUAAUCAUAUUUUGUCCCAAUUUUUUAAAACAAAAAAUUUCUGACAUUUAUUUACAGAGGAAACCCAGUACUGUGCAGUAUCAUUCCAUCUUUAUGUAAAGAUAUCAUGUGUACACCGACUUUGGAUACACUUUUUGGUUUAUUUUUGUAACAAUGUUUCCUGAUUUCUAUUUUUCUAAAAUAACAACUCAGAUCCAGAGAUGAAGAAAGUCAUUUAGGGGAGAAAAAAAAAAGAACUUGUGAUAAAGUUUGUUAACAUUUCCCUUCGACUGAUAUCUUUACACACCUCUAACAGUGAUGUGCUGAACAGCUGCUUACUGUGCCUUUACCUUUAAAACAGGGGUGUCUGAUUUGUUUGUGAAUUAUUUCAUUUUCAGAAAUGUAUCAAGCGGGCCGCAUUGAUCCCGUUAGUGGGCCGGUUGUGGCCAGCGGGCCAUAAUUUUGACACCCCUGCUUUAAAAGGUAAUGGGCCAGUGCAAGCUCUGAGCAGAUUUUGCAGAUUGGGAACCUGAAGGCCGCUUCUCGUAACCACGGCAACGGCACAGACUGAGACAGAAAUGGCUGCUGGACAACAAAGAUAAUAUGACUGAGCUGCAAACAGAGCCAGAAGAAGAAGAAGAAGAAAGUGCAGAGUCAAGGAUGAACCUGGAUGUUUAUCAGUGGUUAGCGCCUAAGCUAACACUUCAACAUUACUUUGGUGUUAAUAUGUGGACUAACCAAAGUGGCACGACCUCUCUGGCCAGCUCCCCGGUGUUGUUACUGAUGAAAACACACUUCUAGUGCCUCAGGUGUUCACAGUAUAAAAACGGCUGUUCAUUUAGCGCUGUGCUAAAUGAACAGCCGUGUUUAGCUUUUGUGUGCGAUACGAUCGGCUAAAACGGAGGAUCCUCACACAACUCGGGUUGAGUACUUAGUUGUCGAAACUGCACCGUAAGGAGUAGACUAAGACUCCCCAGAUCCAACUACGUGCACGUCGACCGUGACAUGGUCACUUUGAAAAAAAUAUGUCCCCUUUAAAAUAGCAUGAAAAAAAUACAGUAGUAAACUCUUAUCACGAAGCUGCCGUCCUUGGACUGCGUAGACCGUGGAUGUCCAACGUCAGCCCCUUUAGCCUUGCCAUGGCUCCACACCAACCUUCCCGAUACCUCACUGUAGAACACAUCUACACUCACUGUCGUCAGACCUGAUCAGGUAUCUCCAUAUCUGUUAAUGCAUCAGUGGUACAAAUGAGUUUGUGCCUUUAUGAGGAUCACUACUACAUUAUCAGUCAAGUCAUUGCCCUCAACCACUCAUUCUUCUGUUGAACUCAAAACAGCAUGGAUUAUAGAUCGCCGGUCAAAUCGGAAAACCAACGCAUGGUCCACAGGGAGAUGCAAAUACGGGACAGAAGAGGAUCUGCCGUUCCAACACAAGGGACACAGCUGAUUGGCUGGGAGUGUGAAGGUACAGAGGUUAGAAAAGAUGAAGAAACUGUUCUAGGCUUUUCUAAAUCUCUGUAUCUUGAGACAAAAACGGAAAAGUUCUCCACCUCUAAACCGUCCUAAGAUGGAAACGGACCGAUUCAAAACCACAAACCUCGACUAAGCCUGAUUCCAACACAGCAUUGUUUUCUAACUGCUCUUCAGUUGAUAACGGUCGGUCGGUCGUCCUCACGUCAGAACUGCGUUUCUACCAUCUUCUUUUAUCCCAAACAUUGACAGACAUUAUUAUAUAAUAUUAUUAUAUAAGAAAUCAUUUUAUUUUUGCUCUCUUUCAACAACAACAUUAGAAAAAAAAAUCAUUUUCUACCUAGUUCUUGUUUGUACUGCAUGGUAUCAAGUGACUUGACCCCUAUAGUAGUGGUGAUGUGUUUCCUCCUCCUGUGUGGAGACGUCAGUCUUUUCUGCCUGUGAGUGUGAAUCAGCCAUGGAGCAGUCCGUCCAGGACCUUCAACCCCCGCCGUUUCCCCCCAAAACAGAGCUGCCAAAUGUAUCUGAGGUCUUUUAUUUUUCAGACGUUUUCUCUGUGUAUAGUUGGUUUUUAAGUGUAUCACAUGUUAAAACGUCACCCUGUCAGUGUUACAUUGUGUUUCCGAUUACAUUUGAACAAAUGCUGUUUGUUAAAAUGUUUAAGAAAUUAUAACAAUAUGCAGAAGAAGUAUGAAAUAAAAGGAAACCAACUU